UGAUUCAGCAUUGCCAGAGGGUCAAGCCAAUAAUUGAUCUGGUUCAUAAAGUCAUCAGCACUGAUGUAUCGAUAGCAGAUUGCCUUCUGCCAAUCACGUCACGAAUCUACAUGCUCCUGCAGAGGCUAACAACUGUAAUCUCUCCCCCUGUGGACGUUAUUGCUUCUUGUGUCAAUUGUUUGACAGUACUGGCUGCUCGGAUGCCAGCCAAGGUUUGGACUGACCUUCACCAUACAGGGUUCUUACCGUUUGUUGCCAAUCCAGUGUCCAGUAUGAAUCACAUGAUUAGUGCAGAGGGAAUGAAUGCUGGGGGCUAUGGAAACCUAUUGAUGAGCAUAGAACAGCCUCAAGGAGAGUACGGCGUUACCAUCUCCUUCCUGAACCUGAUCACAACUCUUGUCCGGGGACAACUUGGUAGCACCCAGAGCCAAGGACUUGUGCCUUGUAUUGUGUUUGUCCUGAAGGAGAUGUUACCAAAUUACCACAAAUGGCGUUACAACUCUCAUGGAGUGAGAGAGAAAAUUGGAUGCCUUAUUCUACAGUUGAUCCAUGCUAUACUGAAUUUAUGCCCUGAAAUGGAUCCUCGCAGCAGCAACGCCCCCAGCCUUCAGUCCUUGUGCAUCUUCAGCCUGGCCAACACCGAAGCAGGGCAAGCUGUCAUUAACAUCAUGGGAAUUGGCGUGGACACUAUUGAUAUGGUAAUGGCCUCCCAGUCUAGUAGUGAUGAGUCACAAGGCCAAGGUCAACUGCUGAUCCAAACAGUUAAGCUGGCAUUCUCGGUUACCAAUAAUGUCAUCCGGUUGAAACCCCCCUCUAGCGUGGUGUCUCCAUUAGAACAGGCACUUACUCAGCAUGGUGCUCAUGGAAACAAUCUUAUUGCGGUCUUGGCCAAAUACAUCUACCACAAGCAUGACCCUGCACUUCCACGCCUGGCCAUCCAGUUGCUCAAACGACUGGCUACGGUUGCUCCCAUGUCUGUUUAUGCCUGCCUUGGUAGUGAUGCUGCUGCCAUCCGUGAUGCCUUCCUCACCCGCCUGCAGAGUAAGAUUGAGGACAUGCGUAUUAAGGUCAUGAUACUGGAGUUCCUCACAGUUGCGGUGGAGACACAACCUGGGCUCAUUGAGCUGUUCCUGAACUUGGAAGUGAAGGAUGGCAGUGACGGGUCAAAGGAAUUCAGUUUAGGGGAGUGGAGUUGCCUCCAAGUAGUCCUAGAGCUGAUAGACUCCAAACAGCAGGAGAGGUACUGGUGCCCUCCCCUCUUGCAUCGUGCUGCCAUUGCCUUCCUGCAUGCUCUGUGGCAGGACCGUCGAGAUAGCGCCAUGCUGGUUCUGAGGACAAAGCCAAAGUUUUGGGAAAAUUUAACCAAUCCCCUCUUUGGGACCCUUCCUCCACCUUCAGAAUCAUCAGAGCUCAGUGUCUUGGAUACCUGUGCCUUAAUCAUGAAAAUCAUCUGUUUGGAGAUCUACUAUGUUGUCAAGGGCUCACUGGAUCAGUCCCUGAAAGACACACUGAAGAAUUUCUCCACCAAAAAGCGCUUUUCGUAUUGGUCAGAAUAUGUGAAGUUACUGGCGUACCAUGUGGCAGAGACGGAGAGUAGCAGCUGUGCCUCCAUGACGGAAUAUCAAAUGCUGAUCUCAGCCUGGCGGAUGCUGCUGAUAAUCUCUACUAGUCAUGCAGAUAUAAUGCAUCUGACUGAUUCUGCAGUUCAUCAGCAAUUGUUUCUGGAUGUGCUAAAUGGGACCAAGGCUUUGCUUCUAGUUCCCAUGUCAGUAUCCUGUCUGCAGCUGGGAUCUAUGCUAUGUACCCUUCUUCUGAUCCUGCUCAAACAGUGGAAGAGCGAGUUGGGUUCUGUGGAUAAAAUCAUAAACUCCUUGACGCAGAUUCUGGAGGGAGUACUACAGGCAGAUCAGCAGAUGAUGGAGAAAACCAAAGCCAAAGUGUUCUCAGCUCUUAUCACUGUGCUGCAAAUGAAGGAGAUGAAAGUGAAUGAGAUCCCACAGUACUCCCAGCUGGUGUUGAGCGUGUGUGAAACACUCCAAGAUGAGGUUAUUGCACUCUUUGAUCAGACUCGACACAGCCUGACCUUAGGAGAUGCUACAGAUGACAAGGACAGCAUGGAAACAGAUGAUGCUUCCCGAGUUAAACACAAAGACCAGCGAGAUGGGGUCUGUGUUCUGGGUCUGCAUCUGGCUAAAGAGCUCUGUGAAGUUGAUGAAGAUGGAGACUACUGGCUACAGAUCACUAGGAAAGUCCCUGUGCUUCCUACGAUCUUUGCUGCAUUGGAGAUCAGCCUGAGAGUUAAACAAAACCUUCACUUCACAGAGGCCUCAUUACAUUUACUGCUGACCUUAGCAAGGACUCAACAGGGAGCAGCAGCAGUGGCUGGAGCUGGUGUCACACAGAGCGUCUGCCUGCCCCUCUUGAGUGUGUACCAGCUCAGUGCGAAUGGAGCCAUUCAGACAUCUGCUUCAUCUCGGAAGUCUCUGGAUGCUCCCUCUUGGCCUGGGGUCUAUCGUCUCUCCAUGUCACUGAUGGAACGCCUUCUUAAAACACUUAGAUACAACUUCCUGACGGAAGCACUGGACUUUGUCGGUGUCCAUCAAGAGAGGAUUCUUCAGUGCCUGAAUGCAGUACGGACAGUACAGAGCCUAGCCUGUCUGGAAGAGGCCGAUCACACUGUUGGAUUCAUUCUUCAGCUCUCAAAUUUCACAAAGGAGUGGCAUUUCCACCUGCCACAGCUUAUGAGGGACAUGCAGGUGAAUCUGUGUUACCUGUGCCAGGCCUGCACCUCCCUCCUGCACAGCCGCAAAAUGCUCCAGCACUACCUGCAGACAAAAAAUGGUGAUUCCCUUCCAUCAAGCGUGACUCCACGAGUGCAGCGUAAUCCUCAAGCCUCCUCCAAACAUCCCAGUCCUGAGUCAGAGGCAGCAGAGCAGAAAGCACUGCUCACAGUGCAGUACAGCCUCUUGAAAAUCCUCAGCAAAUCUCUUGCUGCCUUGCGUCAUUUCACCCCUGACGUCUGCCAGAUCCUCCUUGAUCAGUCACUGGACCUUGCUGAGUACAACGUGCUCUUUGUUCUGAGUUUCACCACACCAGCCUUUGAUUCAGAUGUUGCACCUUCCUUUGGGACCCUCCUUGCCACAGUCAACGUGGCCCUUAACAUGCUGGGAGAGCUGGAUAAGAAGAAGGAACCUUUCCCUCAGGCUGCAGGGCUGAAUAUGCAAGAGGGAACCAAAACCCUCAAGUCUCUGCUCAUGUUUACAAUGGAAAACUGUUUCUACCUGCUCAUCUCCCAGGCUGUUCGGUACUUGAGAGACCCAGCUGUGCAUCCCCGUGAUAAGCAACGGAUGAAACAGGAGCUCAGCUCUGAGCUGAGUACACUGCUCUCCAGUCUGUCUCGUUACUUCCGCCGCGGUGGUCCCUCUUCACCUGCCAGUGGGGUUCUUCCCUCUCCCCAAGGAAAGUCUGCCUCCAAGCUGGGUCCUGAGGGGCAGGAGCCUUUGUUUCAGCUCGUGCAGGCCUUUGUCCGGCACGUGCAGAGAUAGGUUCUGUCCUGCCCCUGCCUCCCUUUUCAGGACUUAGAGCAGAAUGAUUCACGUCCACCACAGAAGGCGUCACCUUUGGCAGAGCUCGUAAGAAGGACUGGGAAAGGGAGGGAGGCCUGGUGUGGGCAGUGGUAUAAACCCAGCUGGAACAUCAGCAGCGAGAUCCCAUUGAACUCUUGCAACCCAGUCGCAGAGUGAAUGAGAUGGAAUGGAGGGAAAGCCGAGAGCGGCUCUUCGGUGGUCAGCCCGCGUGCGCAGCCUGCCCGCUCCAUCUGCUAGAGCAUCCUGGCUGGGUACAAGUGCUGAACAGUCAAAACAUUUAUUUUUAUAGCUUGUAGCUCAGCCGGGGAAGCUGUGGCUGGGUGGAGAGAGGAGACAAACUUUCUGCUGGGCAUUAACUCUGCUCUUAACACAAGGUGCGAUCUGCCUCUCCCUCACAGUCAGAGUCCAGUUAAGGCACAACCAAGGGAUCAGCCAGCAAUUCAGAGACCAUCUUUCUACUGCUAUUUUUGUACUAAUGGUUCAAGGCAAGAUGGUGUAUGUGUGCUCACGCCUUCCCAUCACCCUGCAGUCUGUGUGUUGUGUGUGUUUCUGAAGAGCAAGGCCUCACUCAAAGUUUUUAAGUCAAAAUCCCAUUGCUCCAGUCUUGCAGUUUUUUGUAACUGUGCUCUAUUUAUACUGAUAUUAAAACCUUUAUAGACAGCA